AUGGCCACGGCCACGCCCGCCUCCCCCUUCAACUGCUUCGCCGUUGCGCCGCCCACCGACCCGAACGCGCCGCCGCCCCCACCGCCCGACCCAUCCAUGCUGCAGCUGCCCCCGCCCCUGGAGGGCUGGUACGUGACCUGGGAGGAGGCCUUUGGGAAAUCCCAGGCGUUCGCCGAGUCGCACGGCUACCGGCUGGUCAAGAAGCGGUCCAGCCGCGGCGAGACGGGCGGCAACCAGCUCAAGGCGCUGUACCUGAUCUGCGACCGGGGCAUCUUCAAGCCCUCCGUCGCGAAGAUCCGCAAGCGGCCCAACCGCAAGCGCAUCGGGUGUCCGUUCGACAUGUCGAUCCUGUGGAACUCGCGCCAGGGCCUGUACCAGGUGCGCGUGCGCAAUCCCUUGCAUAACCAUGGGCCCCGCGAGAAGACGCCCCCGCGGGAGCCCUCGCCGGGGUCCAACCUGCCGUUUCUGAGUGAGGAGUUGCCGCCGCGGUUGGGGGAGGAGGAGAAUGAGGAGGACGGGGAGGGGGAGGGGGAAGGGGGGGAGGGUCCGCCGUCCGCGGAGUCGGAUGCACAGCAGCAGCAGCAACAGCAGCAGCCAAGCAAGCCUGCGGUGAAGAGGAUCAAGGUUCGCGGGCUGCGGGAUGUCGCCGUCAAGGCUUAUUGUGAGUGGCAGGAGUCGUAUGUGCAGUCUCCGCUGCUCAAGGCGGAGUUUCGCAAGGCGCGCGACGUGGCGUUGGAGAAUGGGCUGGAUCUCGAGCAGAUGCACUUGGAUCAGGAUUGGGAGUUUUUUGUCGAGAAUGGGGUCAAGAAGGGCAUUGCGAGGCGGUUCAUUGAAGACAUUGUUGAAUGGGCGAGGUUGUUUGAGGAGCUAUCGGGGAAUUGA